UCUCCACUUUAUUUUACAGAAUUUAUUGUUAAGUACUCAGAGAAAUACACGGACACACAAUGACAGUUUCUGUAGUGAGUUAUCUUACGUGUCUAGUGGCGGUGAUAAUUUAAUCUGGGUAGAAGAGGAUCUUGGGAAUAAUUGCAUCAUGGUCAGGCCACGGGACAAGCACAGACAUGAUUCACCUGAACCGGAAUUACAAGAUCUUGAAGAUGGUAUAAUAUUUGAUCCGAUACAUGCAUUACGUGAUGACCGGACUUCUACACCAUUUGACCAGUCGAUAGGGUCAGUAUCUGCUAUCUCGGCAGCAGACCCAUUUACACAGCAGAAGAUCAGUGCAAUGGAAGAGGAGCUCGCUGCCCUGAGAUCGCAGAUUGCAGUACUCAUCAAAGAUCAGGAACAAACCAGACUUCCCCCAAUUCCAUAUCCAAGUAUGGGUCUUGGUUUGGCUGCCCCUCCAGCUUGUCCCCCACCACCCCCUCCUCCUCCACCCCCUCCCCCACCACCACCGCCAACACCAUCAGGAAUAUUUAAAGCUCCAAAACCUGGUAAAUCAUUGGCGGAUAUGUUAAAAGAGAAUAGAGAAAAUCUUAGUGCCAGUGAACAUUCUGGAAGUGGGAACUAUAAUUCAGGCCCUCCAAACAUGGCUGACGUGUUAAAGGGGCUAGGAACUGUUAAACUUCGUGCUAUACAGAGGUCCCCUGGUGGAACUCCAUUAAAGCCAGACAAACCAAAGACAUCAGAGAAUCAAGAUCCUGCUUCCCUUAUAGCAAUGGCAUUAAAGAAGAAGUUUGCUAGUCAUAUGCUGCUGAGCCCUCGAAGUCCGUGUAGUCCUGAUACAGAUCAUGAAAAUGACUAUAAUUCACCUGACAGCCCCAUAGCACCUUUUGGCCAACAGUUACUGAGAAAAACAAAGAAAAGAUCUAUGCUGUUCCAAGAAAGACGUCAAAGUGCAAGUCCAUUGAGAGAGAGGAACCAGUGAUUUGAGGAUUACUGACAGUGCUCGAAAAGGUUGGGAGUUCAUUUACACAUGAGAAACCAGUCUUUGACAGCAAUGAUAAGAAAGGCUCAAUAAUGCUUGGACAUAAUACUUACAUAUUUAUAUAUAUGCUUCGAAGAUUGGUACAGCAAAUAUAUACAUGAUACAGAAUUGUACAAAACGUAGAAAAAAAGAUGAAAGUUAUGUGCCAAAUACCUUGUGAUGCAGAAGUGUGCUAUAUAUUAAGCAGACUAGAUUACUUAAUACAUGAUAAUCAUGUUAUUAUAUCAUGUAUGUAAAAUGUUUAAAAAAGAAACUAAGAUACAUGGCACAUUAAUAUUUAAUGGAUUAUUGAAUGCCUCGUGGGGAAUUAUCUUAUCUAAUAUUUUUGUUUAUAACAUGCAUUAGCCACAUGUUUAUCUAUAUUAUCUGCAUAAGCAGUUAAAUAUCAGGUUCUUUGUCUUUUUAUUCACUCUGAGGAAAUCGUAAUGUAAUUGUUCUAUACUUUCCUAGGCAUGCGGUUAAACAUUUCUGUGGUAUCCAUUUUCCAAGUAUUUUCCUUAAGUAGACAUGAGGGAAGGUACAUUUUAACCUGAUUUUAGCAGGUAUUGUAACAAAUAGCAAUAUUUUGGGCACUUUACUCUUUAACUUUAACCGAAAAAUACAAAUGAAAAUAAAUGUCAAGAUAUAACUGUGUCCUUUUCCUCAAAGUAUUUAUCUUUUGCUGUGUUUAGAGAUCAGUUACUGGAAUUUGGAUAUUUUACAGCUUCAACAAACUGAAACAAUUUAUCAAUAGUUAUUGGUCAGAACACAUAGUUAUGACUGCUAAGCUACCUUUUGUGUCAACUACUUCAAUGGGAUAUUUUCUUUUAUCUGAAUAGCGUGAAUAUGACAUGUAUCUUCUUUUUUGCAUAUUUCUAAAAGUGGUACUGACUUAAAUUUAAUAACCAGAACAAAAGACCAUAAAACUUUUACCUCAGUUUAUGGAUUGACAUGAUCUUUAGUCUUAUGCUUUUCGAAGGUAUUUUUCUUGUUUCCAUCUGUUAUCAAAUAUUACAUGCCCUGCUUUCUUACUUGAACUCAGUAUUGCACUGUACUGUAUCUUUCUGCUUUUACCCACAUUCUUGCUUUUACAAUCCUUUUCUUACCAUUUCUAAAUUAGGGCUUUCUACUAAUAAUGUGCCUUUUAAAAAUUAUUUCCCUAUCACACCAACCUUCUCUCCUUGCACCCUUGCCUGUAUAUUACUUAUAUGUUAUUAUUUACAUGCCUUCACACCUACCUGUAUACUUAUUUUAUCAAUUUUCUUUCCUUAUUUAGCUUGUUUUCAUUCGAAUCAAUAUGGGGCUGCGUUCUGGUUCAUCUGUAUGAGAAAGACAAGUGUCUGGUAACAAAGUCAUUAUAAAUGUCUCAAACAAAUAAAAUGAUCUCAAUUUUCAGUUGAUUGCAGGAUGAACCUUUUGCUGAGAUAGGUAGAUUUAUUUCUGUAUCACAGUGUGCAUACAAUGAUAGCACACAUGUAUUCAUAAAAUGAUUAAAUAAAAUACAAGUACAUGAGUAUAUGAGUAAUAACCAUGGCAUGCAACACUGUACCAAAUAUAACACAAAAAAGAGAAGGAGCCAUGAAUCUUUAUUUCCACUGCGGUUCUUGUUACUUGGGGCAUAGCAUAGAGAGACAUGAUUCUCCCAUGUUGCUAAAGAUACAUCAGAAGAAAUAUGUUGUUUCAUUAUCUGUGACAAUUUGGAAAAAAAUAAUAAUGAUACUGUUACACUUUGUUUUAUUUUGUAAAUUUUACUGCAUAUUGUACAAUGCUCACUGUUUCAUUAUGUUAUACUGAAGAACGAAAGAUAAAAUUCAAGUAUCUCGCCAGCAUGUAUUCCAUGUAUGGUUGUGAACCUUUUUGUUGGGAAAAUAUCUGAGCCAAUCUGCAGCAUGACAUGAUUAUAAUUUGUGCUGGUAAGUGUUUGUAUUUUGAUAUUCAACCCGUGCCAUGCUAGAUAUUUUAAAUGGACUUGUCCAUCCAAAACCAUCAUUUUUUGGGGAAAAUUUUCAAAAUCUUGGUUUGCUUCCAACAGGGCUAAGAAAAUUUUUUAUUGAACUACUAAUAUUCAAGUUCAAGAGUUCAAGUCCAUAAUGUAAUUUCUGUUGGAAAUAGUUUGUUUAAUAAUUAUUAAAAGGAACCAUUUUAAUUUAGUUCUGAUGAGUGUGCAGUUUGGUGCCAUUUCUUGGCUAGUAUAAUUACACUUCGUUUCACCUAGCUUAUAGAAUUAUAUGUUAACUUUUUUACAAAGAAUAUCAUGGAUGACUUUAAUUUUCCUUUAGUUUUACCUUUAAACUUAAUCUUUUUCUAUUUCAUUUUUAUCAUCACAUAAAACCAGUGUAAUGUUUGAUUUGCUGUUGAUUUUCUUUUAUGAAAAAAAAGAAACGAAAAGUAAUACAUUUUGUAGUUGUCCUUUCACUUUUAAACAUAAAAAGGCAAUGAAAACCUUUAUUUAUGUUUGUGACACAAUGUAUCAAUAUUGUUUGAUGGUGUUCAUUUAUCUACAAACGUUUAUUUAAUGGAUUUUGUUGGGGAGAUUUAUAAAAGCCUAUAUCUGAUAUUGAUCACAUGUAAAGUGUACAUGUUUUGUCUAAUAUUUGUCAACAGCUGUUACAUGUAUGUGUGAAAAACCAUAAACCAGUUUGAACUUGUUUUUUUCUUUCUAACGCAGGACAAUCAUAUGCUUGUUUAUAAAAUAACUUUAAAAGCGGACCAUGUUGCAUUUACAGAAAUCAGAUACAUGUAAUUAUAAAAUAUCAUUUAAGAAAAAUUAAAGAAGCAGAAAUGGGGAUGCAUAUUUAUAUUUUUCUGUGACUGGUUUAUAUUUUAUAAUUCAUUUGAUUGAUUUUCUUUUGACCAGUCUUUGUAUGUAUGUUAACUAGAAAAUUGUCAUUUGUGAGGUUUCUAACUAUACCACAAUGAAAAUCUUGUGUUUAUUUUUGGCAAGGUUUAGCUCAUUGGUAUAGAAGUGACACAAAACAUUCAUGGAGAACUGUAUUUAAAUAGUUGUAGAUGUCAGGGUGUUUCAAAUAGAAGGGUAUUCUUAAUCUGAUGAUAUAUAAAAAGCUGUGUAGGGCUUUCUGUUUUGAAAGCAACUUAAUUUAAUAUAAUUUAUUUUAGUAAUAACCAACAGCUCUAUUACCUUGUAAAUAUUGGUGAACAUUUUUUUUUUCUAACUUAUAUUUUACUGUAAAUUAUUAUUUGUAGAAAUAUAAGCCUUCAUUAAGUUAUAAGAUGUUGAAUUUUUUGGAGGUCUGUCCAGGCUGUAUACUGUUAGCUGUCAUUAUUUCAAUUUUCAUCUUGAUAUCCCCAAAAUUCAUAAUGGACAGUUCACUAAAUGGGAGCUGGGCAAGUUCAUUUAUGAAAUUUAGCAGGUUAAGGGUAUGAAUUACAAUGUUAUUGCAAGAAAUAUAUAAAACCAACAUUUGUGUAAAGUGUAAAUAUAUUGAAAGAUAUAAUUUUGUGAUAUGCUGGACAAAAUAUGUCCCCUUGGUCUUUCAGUUUGUACAAAUUUCUGUGUAUAUAAACAUUUGUAUAAAAGUUCUUGAAUGUAUAGCGAGAUGUAAUUUUUCUUCCCUUACUUUGUUUAUCUCUCUUUCCACUCAUCUAUAUUGAACUGUAUGUAAUCUGAAGAAAAUUUGUUAGUAAAUUGAAAAAUUGUGUACUAGGGUAUGGUAUCUAAAUUGAAAGAAUUAUAUUUGUAAAUGUCAAAUAAAAAACAAAAUCAUUGCUCAAAAUUCAAAAAGUUGCAAUGGAGGUUUUUUAUAAGGGAAAUUUUUAUUCCAUUUUCCAUGUAUGUUAUAGUUAAAAUUUUCUCCAGAUAUGACCAAACAACAUUAUUAUAAAAAAAAAAUAUGAUUUGAUUUUAAUAGCUUUUCACUUUUUUAAUUGAACAAUAAGGUCCUAAAUAUGACAUUUCGAUCUGAAAGUAUUAUAAAUUGUUUAAAUACAUGUAUUAAAUAUUGAUAUUGCAUGUUGGGCCAUUCCUUUAUCAUUAGCUUACAGAACUGAUAAUUGUUCCUCUUUUUUUGAAUUUAAGAAAUAUACUAAGGGAAUACUGAGUGGAUGCUUAUUGAUCUUAAUUUAGCUUAUAUCAACAUGCAACUUGUUUUGAUUUUAAGCCCAUCAGAGAACAUCAGGUGAGCGAUUUAAGACCAUAUGCCCUCUUGUUUUAUUGUUCAUCAUUUUUAGCUCGAAUAUUCGAUAAGAAUAAGUAGAGCUAUUGCAGUCACCCGAGCGUCGGCGUCAGCGUAACCACUUAUGUUAAAGUUUUUGUAAUAGUUCAAAUAUUUUCAGAGUCCAUUGACAUAUGGCUUUGAAACUUUGAACACUUGUUCACCAUCAUGACCCCAACCUGUAUACAGGAGGAGGUAACUGUAUCAAGCAUUUUGACAGAAUUAUGCCCCUUUUUCGACUUAGAAUUUACGUUAAAGUUUUUGUAAUAGUUCAAAUAUUUUCAAAGUCCAUUGGCAUAUGGCUUUGAAACUUUGCACACUUGUUCACCAUCAUGACCCCAACUUGUAGACUGGAGGAGGUAACUGUAUCAAGCAUUUUUUUUUACUAUCAAGCACUUAGAAUAGUCGAGCGUUGCUGUCCUACUGACAGCUCUUGUUUAUAAGGUUUUCUUUGUGAACUAGUAACUGAAAAGAUUUGUUAAAUAGUGCAUUUAUUAAACCUGUUUGUAUUUCAUGUAAUUGUAAUGUUUUAUAAAAGUCUUUUUUUUUUCAGAAAGUUUCAUGUACUGACAAAGUUUAGAAUCUUUGGAAUUAUGACCCUUCAUUAUAGAUAUUUAAACUGUUUUGGCACAAGGUUGCACUUGAUUUAUGAAUUGCUCACAUAGAUAUAUUUCCUGACAUCAUAAAAAUAUACUUGAAUGCUUUGCUUGUAAUUGUUAUUUUUGUAAUGGGCUACUUGAAUUGUAAUUAAGUGUGAAAUAUAUAUAAUUAUUUCAAUAAAAGAAACAAUUCUA